CUCAGGGCAGCGCCGUCACACCUGGAUCCUCCACCAUCACAUCACAUCACCCCAUCCAAACUUCCAUUCCCAUCCCUCCCAACAUGGCCGUCGCCUCAUGAUCCGGUACGACUAUAAGAAUGCCGUCAACAAAGAGCACGAUUGGCGAUAGCCACUUUCCGCAGCGGCUGAGGAAUUUCUUCCGCAUCAACUCGGGCGGGCGCGACCGUGAGAGCAACAGUGGCAGCGGCAGUGGCAGCGGCAGCAGUCAUGGGUCCGCCCUCAAAGCCGAGACCAAGACGCCAUUCCGCCAGUCCCGCUUCUUCAGCGUCGGCCGCUUGCGCAGUGCCACGGUCGCCAGCGAGGGCAAUGCGCUCGACGAGUCCAUGAGCCCUACGGCGCAUGCGAACCCCUACUUUGCUCACCAGGGCCAGCCCGGCCUCCGCCAUCACAACGAGGGCUCCGUUCCCCCGAGCCCCCCCGACACCCCCAUCCUCAAGAUCGACGGUCCUAACGGCAUCGCGAUCGACGAGCAGCCCACCACCACCACCAAGGAGGAGCUCGCGCGGAAGUUGCGGAGGGUUGCCAGCGCCCCCAAUGUUCAGGGGCUGUUUUCCAAGAGCAAGGGCAGCGCCGAGCGCCCCGCCACGGCCGAGCUAGCAAAGGAGCCGUUGGUCCGCAACAAGGACUCCAACACGCUCGGCUUCGCCGAACAGACGACACCCACCGAAGACGCUUCCAACGGCCUGUCUAUACCCGACCCGGAUGGCCUUGGAGCCCUCCCGCCGCCGGGCCGCUCGCCGCUCGCCUUCCGCCGCACCUACAGCUCCAACUCGAUCAAAGUCCGGAACGUCGAGGUCGGCCCGCAGAGCUUCGACAAGAUCAAGCUGAUCGGUAAGGGAGACGUGGGAAAGGUUUACCUGGUGAGGGAAAAGAAGAGCUCGAGGCUGUAUGCCAUGAAAGUCUUGAGCAAAAAGGAGAUGAUCAAGCGCAACAAGAUCAAGCGAGCGCUAGCAGAACAAGAGAUUCUCGCCACGAGUAACCACCCCUUUAUCGUGACGCUCUAUCACUCGUUCCAGUCCGAGGAUUACCUCUACCUGUGCAUGGAAUACUGCAGCGGCGGCGAAUUCUUCAGGGCGCUGCAGACACGGCCCGGCAAGUGCAUACCAGAAGACGAUGCCCGGUUUUACGCGGCAGAAGUCACGGCGGCGUUGGAGUAUCUACAUCUGAUGGGUUUUAUUUACAGGGAUCUGAAGCCAGAGAACAUCUUGCUUCACCAGUCCGGUCACAUAAUGCUUUCGGACUUUGAUCUCUCCAAACAGUCGGAUCCCGGCGGCAAGCCAACGAUGAUUAUCGGCAAGAACGGUACGAGCACGUCGUCGCUGCCGACAAUCGACACCAAGUCGUGCAUCGCCAACUUCCGGACGAAUUCGUUCGUGGGAACCGAGGAGUAUAUCGCCCCCGAGGUUAUCAAGGGGAGCGGGCACACCAGCGCCGUGGACUGGUGGACCCUGGGAAUCCUAGUCUAUGAGAUGUUGUACGGCACGACACCGUUCAAGGGGAAGAACCGCAAUGCGACGUUUGCGAACAUCCUCAGGGAAGAUAUUCCUUUCCCUGACCACGCGGGGGCACCGCAAAUAUCAAAUCUAUGCAAAUCCCUAAUCCGGAAACUGCUUAUCAAGGACGAGAACCGCCGGCUCGGGGCCCGAGCUGGUGCGUCCGACAUCAAGAGCCACCCGUUCUUCAGGACGACGCAAUGGGCGCUCAUCCGCCACAUGAAGCCGCCCAUCGUGCCCAACCAGGGGCGGGGCAUCGAUACUAUCAAUUUCCGCAACGUCAAGGAGAGCGAGAGCGUCGACAUUAGCGGCUCAAGACCGAUGGGGUUAAAAGGCCAUCUGCCCAUGGACAGCGGCCUGGUGACGCCGGGGGCGGACGUGGUUGACCCCUUUGAGGAGUUCAACAGCGUCACGCUGCACCACGAGGGCGAGGACCAGCACUACGCUGCAGAAGCCAACAAGGCCAAAAACGCCGCCGCCGCCGCCGCCCAGAAAGGCGGCAAUGCCAAUGGAUACGAGUCAUAGGAAGCUCAUGGAAGCAGUUACCCACCAGCUGUGGGGGCCCGUCUUCUCCGGCCGAGGCAGCGAGCCGUCUUCUGCACCGUGCUCUAGGAGGGAGGGGGGAGGGGUCCCUUGAUUGGCCGGGGUGGUUUUUUUCUUCUUCAGAGAUGAAUCAAGCCGCUCCCGCGAUCCCUUGGAACUGGAACUUGCUCCCUAUUCUCGAUUUCU